AUGCUCAAAAAGAAGUCUCUCGCUCCUGCCUUCUUUUGGAACUUCUCACCAUCCACCACACCCGAACUCUCUCCUACCUCGUCGGACAGUGACUCCGACGAGGACAUGGAAUCGUCUGGCUCUCGACCGGUCAGCCUGGCCGUCUCGGCGGGAGCCUUUUGUCCCAUGCGUCCGACCUUGAAGGAAGUGCUGGCCAACACUGCCGCCCCGCCCUACACGUUAUCGGCCUUUAUGGCGUAUCUGUCGCAAAACCACUGUCUCGAAACCCUCGAAUUCACCAUGGAGGCGAGCCGCUACCGAGAAACCUAUCAUACCCUCUCGUCCCGUACCAGCCCCGACGCCUUGACCAACCCCGACUCCCGUGAAUCACAACAUCUGCUUAUGCUCUGGCAGCGAUUGAUGACGGCUUAUAUUCUCCCUGGAGCGCCUCGAGAAGUGAAUCUGUCAAGUGAAGUUCGGGAUGCCCUGCUUCGAUACGGCGAUGUGACCGUCCCGCCGAUCCCCGAAACCCUCGACUCGGCGGUCAAGCGGAUACAUGAUUUGAUGGAGGAAUCGAUCUUCUUGCCCUUUCUGAACAGCCAGGCAGUCUCGCCGUCCGUGGAGGCCCAGGCCGACUCCCCGAUCAGCCCCGACGACGUCAUGGAUCUGUCGAACAUGUCUUGUGACGAUCACUCCAUGAAGUACUUCCGCUCCCGAACGAGACGCAUCUCCCCUCAAUCUUCCUCCAAGGACCUGUCCACAACUACGGGUCGCUCAAGUAGCACGUUUGGUGCCAUGCAUGGGUUGGGAAAGCGGGCGUCGGGUGCUUUGCUGAGUCCCUCUGGAGAUUCGAGCACUCCACCGCUCACAGACGAUUCGACCUCCCAGUCAAGUCCGACCAUCGAGGAACCGAUGACCCCUCCUACAACGCCCCCCGCCAGCGAGCCUCAUCUCCCCAUCCAAAGUCCCAAAUAUCGUACCGAGAAUCCUUGGAAGAAGAUGGGUCUGAGACUGGGGUUCAAGAAACGCUCCGGAGGGAGUAAUGGCAACUCGCGCGACCCAAAGAUCUUGGGCAUGGACGAUUAA